CCCUUGUUAAACGUCUUAUUUGUUUUGAUUCUUAAUCUUUAGCUGUCAUCUUAACACAAAUGAACUCUUUCUUGACGGUACGGCUCCAACCAGGAAGACUUUAGGUCUAUUUCCGAAGCGUGGAAAACUCUAAAAAUCAAAAGAAUUAGGUAUCAGCAUCAAGGCUGUGUUCCAUUAAUAGAAUAAAUGUCUUCUAUACACUUUUAAGUUUAUAUUGACCAGCAUUGAACAGUUUCUUCCAGAAAAAAAUAGUUGAUAUUAAUGUUCCUCGAACGUCUAUAGAUCUUCCCAUUUUGAGAUUAAUAAAAUAAUUGGCUAAGAUGUGCGAAAAUCCAAAGCAAAAACUUCGAGAUACAGGUAUUUUGAGUCGCGAAGAUUUCGAUGGAGGACCCAUAAGUUUGGAUGAAAUUGAACCCGGAUUAUAUCUGGGUAAUUUAACAGCUGCCACCCAUAUGGAAACUUUGAGAUCGUUUAAUAUUUCUUAUAUAUUAACAUUGGAUUCAAUACCAUUGCCUCAGCAUAUUACGGAAGCCUCCUUUCUGACCACCAAGUAUAUACACAUUGCCGACAUGCCUAAAGAAGAUAUUUUACAUCAUUUGAAUACUUGCUAUGAAUUUAUUAAUGAAGCUCUUACAACAUCCCAUAACAUUUUAGUGCAUUGUUAUUUUGGUGUAAGUCGCAGUUCAUCGGCUGUUAUUGCGUACAUUAUGAAACAUCAUAACAUGGACUAUGCAUCGGCAUAUGAUUUUGUAAAAUCCAAGCGACGUUUUGUACAACCCAAUGCUGGAUUUGCUGCUCAGCUGAAGUUAUGGCACCGCAUGGGCUGUAAUAUUGAUCCACACUAUCAGAAGUAUAAAAUCUAUCGUUUACGUUUGGCUGGAGAUCAAGUGCGAAAAGCAAAAAUUCUUCCACCAAAUUUCAAUGACCUCAUAAAACCAGAUCCAGCUAUAACACAGGAAAAUCCUGAACCCAUUGUAUAUCGUUGUCGCAAAUGUCGCCGUGUAUUGGCAUCAAAAUCAAAUAUUUUACAACACAUUCCCAAAAAUAUUUCUCUGGAAAAGACAACUGAUGGUAAUAAUGGCAAUCCGAUGGUAAUGACUCCAGAACAAACAACUGCAACUGGUGGUCCCCGGCUACUUGAGCAGAUAGCCCAACAAAUACGUAAAGUUUCGCUGGCAUCGCCCACAGCUGGUGGAGAAGGGCCACAACAAAAUAUCACCUAUUGUCAGAAUAUUUUAUUUGUUGAACCCAUUGCCUGGAUGAAAAACAUUGGCAGUAACACACAAGGCCGUUUGAAUUGCCCCAAAUGUGAUCAAAAAUUGGGAAAUUAUAGCUGGGUAAAUGGCUGUCAAUGUCCCUGUGGCGAGGAAGUAACGCCAGCAUUUUAUAUGAUACCUUCCAAAGUUGAACUAUCCAAGGCUGUUCAAAAUGUACAAACAACUUUGUAAAAAAGUGCUCAAUAGUUGUUUGAUUCAAAUUUGGAAUUUAUGUGUUUAAACAUAUUGUUGUUAAAUGUAUUUUUUAUAUUGAUGUAUUUAAAUAUGAAAUCAAACCAAAAUGCUUCCAUAUUGUUGUGGUUAUAAAGUUAGAGUAUCCUAAAAUUAGAAUUGUUUUCUAAGCAACAACAGCCAUGUGUAUACGAAAUAUUUUGCGGUUUUUUGUUGAAAAAUAUCAGCUUGUUGUGAUAAUUUAUACAUUUACAUAGAUAGUCAUUUGGCCCAUGAUGGUUUACAAACUCCUUACGUCCUAAUAAAUAUUAAUUAUAAUUUUUAAAAAGUUCAAAUUUCUGUACCUUGGAUAACUACGAUUUGACGUAUAACUUAAUAAUUAAAGUAAAUACCAUGAAAAUAUCUCCAUUUAAAUUAAUUUAAGUCUUUAUUUAUUUUAUUUUUGUUUCCUGAAUCAUGUUGAACCAAUCAUUUGUGUAUUGUAAAAAUAUACAAAAUCAAAACAACUUCUCUCAUAGCUUAUGUAUCCAAAGUUAUCCACUUAAAAAAUACUCAAAUUAAAAGAUUUAUAUAAAUAACAUUUUUAUAAUAAAUGCAACCAAGUUAUAAUAUGGUAUCAGCUGCUUAAAGCAAUAACAAUAUUUGAGUGUUUAUUGUAACAUUUUUUACAAAUUACUCAAAAGAAUUUGAUGUUUCAACAUAACUUGUAUAAAUGUGAAUAAAAAUCAAAUUUUUUAUUGAAAUAAAUCAAAUAUUAUAUGAAUGUACUUAAUAAAAUAUUAAAAUUUGUGAUUUAAUAGUUAAAUUUUGUCUUAAUGCUAAUGCAUAUUUGCCCAUAUUGUUUUAUCUUAUAUGAAAAAAAGCAAUAAAUUAUUUAUGUAAAA